GCCUGAAUUCUGCAGGCGCUCCCUGGGAAACCCAGCCCAGGCCUGCCUUUCUCUUUUGCACCAAGAGCGGCGCGCGCCUGCCCGGGCCUGGGCCGAAGGGGCGGAGCAGGCCCCGGAUGUAGUUCUCCCGCAGGAGCCUCCUCGCCCGCCGCCCCCGCCGCCGCCUUGCUCCUCUUGCCGGUGCCCUUGCGGCCCAGGGAAAAGGGAAGGCCGCCCUGCUGCUUGGAAGCACCCGCCUCCUCCUCCUCCUCCUCCUCCUCCUCCUCCUUGGGUUCAAGCCCCUGAUUGCAGCAUGUCGCUGGUGGCGGAAGCCUUCGUGACCCAGAUCGCCGCAGCAGAGCCUUGGCCUGAGACUGCUGCCUUAUAUCAGCCUUUGAGAGAUGAACAAAUUUUGCUUUCUGAUAAUGCUGCCUGUCUUGCUGUUCAGGCCUUUUUACAAAUGUGCAAUCUGCCAUUCCAGGUGGUUUCUAGGCCAAAUGCAGAAUACAUGUCCCCAUCUGGAAAAGUGCCCUUUAUUCAUGUGGGAAAUCAAGUAGUGUCUGAACUUGGUCCCAUUGUCCAGUUUGUAAAAGCCAAGGGCCAUUCACUUAGUGAUGGGUUGGAUGAAGUCCAAAAAGCUGAGAUGAAAGCCUACAUGGAGUUAGUCAAUAAUAUGCUUUUGACAGCAGAGCUCUAUCUCCAGUGGUGUGACGAUACUACAGUCCAGGAGAUUACGCACCCAAGAUACGGAUUCCCUUAUCCCUGGCCCCUGAACCAUGUCUUGGCCUAUCAGAAGCAAUGGGAAAUCCGUCGUAAAAUGAAAGCCCUUGGCUGGGGCAGCAAAUCACUUGAUCAGGUGCUAGAAGAUGUUGAUCAGUGCUGCCAAGCCCUUUCUCAAAGACUUGGGACACAGCUGUAUUUCUUCAACAAGAGGCCAACUGAAUUAGAUGCCUUGGUAUUUGGCCAUAUCUUCACAAUCCUUACUACCCAGCUGAUCAGUGAUGAACUGUCUGAAAAAGUGAAAAACUACAGCAAUCUCAUUGCAUUUUGCAGAAGAAUAGAGCAGCACUACUUUGAAGGUCUUAAUAGAGAUGGCUCGGCAAGGCUCCCACCUCCAAUACGAAGGAAGAUCCUGAGGAGUUGAAUGCUUUGUGGCAGCAGAAGUUAUGAAAUUGAUGUUUUUGGUUUAGAAGAUACUAGCUGUGGCUUUGACAACUGAGCUUGAUGUACACUUUGUUUCAGACUACCACGCUGUUCUAACCCAGGAGAAUCUGUGCUGAAUUCACGUUCUUAUUUAAAAUGGCAAUAUUAGGGUUUUCAUUGUCAUAGGCUGCAUGGUAUUCUAAUAUUACUUUUUAAGUGUCCUUUCAGAUUGUAACAACAAUAAAAACGUACUAUCCUCUGUCUGGA